AUGAAGGUGACGUUCAAGGAUCUGAAGCAGCAAAAGUUCGUGCUCGAGGUCGAGCCGACCGAUCUUAUCUCGGCUGUCAAGCAGAGGAUUUCGGAGGAGCGGGGCUGGGAUCCUAAGCUCCAGAAGCUGAUUUACUCCGGCAAGAUUCUCAAAGAUGAGGACACCGUCGAGACCUACAAGAUUGAGGAGAAGGGCUUCGUUGUCUGUGUCGUGAACAAGCCCAAGCCGGCUCCUGCUGCCGCUGCCACUGCCGCGGCGUCGUCUUCGUCCGCCGUUCCCGCGACACCCGCUCCCGCGCAAGCGUCUACCCCGGCCGCUCCGGCCGCCCCCGCACAGUCUUCCGGCACCGCCCCUGCGGCCCCGUCCACACCGACCCCGAACCGAGCUGCCGCUCCUGAGGCGGCAUCCAAUGACCCAAAUGCUUUGGCUAUGGGCCAGCAGCGCGCAGAGGCCAUUGCCAACAUGGAGGCCAUGGGCUUUGAGCGCUCGCAGAUCGACGCGGCCAUGCGCGCUGCGUUCUUUAACCCGGAUCGUGCGGUUGAGUAUCUCCUGACGGGCAUUCCCGACCAUCUUCAACAAUCCUCGAGUUCCCGCCAAGCUGCGCCGGCCGCAUCCUCUCCCGCUCCGGCCGCUGCUGCCGCUACCGGUGGCAACGCCGAUGAUGAGUCCAACGUGAACCUCUUCGAUCUCGCGGCCCAGCAAGGGCGUGGCUCCGGUGCGCGUGGGGGUGGUGGCGCCGACGCUGCUGCUGCUGCUGCGGCCGCUGGCGGUGGUGGAGAGGGCCUUGGGGACCUUGAGGGGCUCCGAGCCAACGCACAGUUCCAACAACUUCGCCAAUUGGUCCAGCAACAGCCCCAGAUGCUCGAACCUAUUCUGCAACAGCUCGGCGCCGGUAACCCUCAGCUCGCCCAACUGAUCGCCCAGAACCCCGAGCAGUUCCUCUCCCUCCUUAGUGAGGCGGGUGGAGACGACGAUGCCCCGCUCCCGCCCGGAGCCCACCAGAUCUCCGUCACCGAGGAAGAGCGCGACGCCAUUGAGAGGCUUACCCGUCUAGGGUUCACACAAGACCAGGCUAUCCAAGCUUACUUUGCCUGCGACAAGAACGAGGAGCUCGCCGCGAAUUUCCUCUUUGACCAGCCCGAUGAUGACGAGGACAUGCAUUGA